UUGCAUUUGGUGGCCCAGAAAGCCCUAACAAAAGCCCACCUUGCUUGCAGCUCUGGUUAGCGGGUUGGCGCCUUAGAUGAAAAUUACUCCAUAUCCUCUUCCUUUCUCCCAAAUACAGAAGAUUUCUCUUUCUAUCGCACACAUACAGCACACACUUGACGGAUUUUCCCCCAAUCCAUGGACCGCUAGCUAUGUAAACAAACCCUAAUUUGCAGAGAUACUAAACUAUCCAUUUUACCUUUUUGGGUCAAGAGUUAACAGCUUGAGCUGAUGGAGAUCCCGGAAGAAGGGGUGAUUGUCAAUUCGAGUAGAUUGAAGUCUGUCGUAUGGAAUGAUUUUGACAGAGUUAAAAAAGGUGAAACCUUUGCGGCUAUUUGUCGGCACUGUAAAAGAAUACUCAGUGGGUCAAGUACCAGUGGAACAUCUCAUCUGAGAAAUCAUUUGAUCAGGUGUCGUAGACGAUCGAACCAUGAUAUAACUCAGUUGCUAACAAGGGGGAAAAGGAAGCAGAACACCCUUGCGAUCACAAGUUUCAGUUAUAAUCAAUCCCCGAUAAAGAAUGAGAUAGUAACCGUUGCGAGUAUGAACAUGGAAGAAGGGGUGAAAGUUGGAAAUAAUAACACAGGAGUUCUCAAUCUCGAUCACAGGCGGAGCCAGCUAGAUCUUGCACGUAUGAUUAUAAUGCAUGGGUAUCCUUUAGGUAUGGUUGAAGAUAUUGGCUUCAAGAUAUUUGUCCGGAAUCUUCAGCCCUUGUUUGAUCUCGUGACAGCUAGCGGAGUUGAGGAUGACUGUAUUGAGAUCUAUAAUAAAGAGAGACAAAAAGUUUAUGAAGAGUUGGAUAAACUACCCGGAAAGGUCAGCCUUAGUGCUGAUAGAUGGUCGACUAACGGCGGCACAGAGUAUCUGUGCUUGAUAGCACAUUAUAUCGAUGAUUCUUGGGAACUAAAGAAGAAGAUUUUGAACUUUUUAGUUAUUGAUCCUGAUCAGGCGGAAGAGACGCUUUCAGAAUUAAUCAUGACAAGUCUAAGGAAAUGGGACAUUGAUCGAAAGUUGUUCUCGUUAACAAUUGAUAAUCGUGCCACAUAUGAAAAAACUGUCUGUAGAAUCAGGGACCAGCUCUGCCAGCACAGGUUCCUUAUGUGUGAAGGCCAGUUAUUUGAUGUGAGAUGUGCAGCGAGUACAGUUAAGUUAUUGGUUCAAGAUGUCCUAGAAACAUCACGUGAGAUAACCAAUAAAGUUCGGGAAACUAUACGGUACGUCAAAGGUUCUCAGGCAACACAAGAAAAGUUCAACGAGAUAGUGCAGUUAGUUGGUAUUAAUUGUCAGAAAAGCCUGUCGGUUGACAAUCCGUUUCAGUGGAACUCGACGUGUAUGAUGCUAGAAGCUGCUUUAGAGUACAAGGAAGCCUUUCCGCAACUGCAAGAACACGACCCGGGCUUCUCUAUGUGUCCAUCUGAUAUAGAUUGGGACAGAUUGAGGGCCAUUACAAGCAUCUUUAAGUUCUUUCACGAAGUUUCGAAUGUCUUUGCAGGGCGCAAGCACAUCACUUCGAACUCCUAUUUUAAUGAGAUAUGCGACAUUCACUUACAGUUGAUUGGGUGGUGCCAGAAAUCAGAUGAAUUUAUCAGCUCCUUGGCGUUGAAAUUGAAAUCAAAAUUUGACGAGUAUUGGAAGAAAUGCAGCUUGAUUAUGGCGAUUGCGGCCAUACUAGAUCCUAGGUACAAGAUGCAAUUGGUAGAGUAUUACUACCCUCAAAUUUACGGAGAUAGUGCUCCCGAUUGUAUCGACAUUGUCAAAAACUGUAUGAAAGCUCUAUACAGUGGUCAUGCUAUUUAUUCACCUUUAUCUGCUCACGGUCAAAGUUCGGCUUCGGAAAGUAGCGUUAGCAUUGUCAAGGACAAACUCACCGGGUUUGAUAGAUUUCUCCACGAAACUUCAGUUAGCCAAAACACGAAAUCGGAUUUGGACAAAUACUUGGAGGAACCACUCUUCCCGCGUAAGAAUGUUAUUAGCGUAUUAAACUGGUGGAAAGUGCACGAACCAAGAUACCCCGUGCUUUCCAUGAUGGCUCGCAACAUAUUGGGAAUUCCUAUUUCGAAAGUUGCAGUGGAAUCACUAUUUGAUACCGGAGAAAGAGCCCUCGAUCAUUGUUGGAGCACAAUGAAGUCGGAUACUUUGCAAGCUUUGAUGUGUUCUCGGGAUUGGAUAAGCAGUGAUUUUGAAGGAUUGAGUUUGGAUUGAAGGUCGGAAGAAAGCUCUUCCGAUUUUUCGGGCACGAUAGAAGCUGGAAGAGAGAAUAAAAUCAAAGUGUAUCUCGGGUUUUCAACAAGUUUGGAGGCAGCAGCUGGGAUGACUGGUAAUCAAGGAAGGUGCGGAAAGCAGAUUAACAUGUUUGGAUUUUGACGACGAGAAGGAAAAAAAAUGAAACACUUUCAAAGCAAAAAGCGUCGUGCGUCUGUCCGUCCUUGCAGCACUUAAUGAAGGUCCUUUUGGAGUUUCUGCUAUUUCUAAUUGAAGUCGUGUAGCAGCAUUAUGAAGUACGAUAUAGAGCACAUUUUAGUCGAUUUCGAUAUAAAUUAUUGAAACAUUAAAUUGGGUCGGAUUUCAAUGGUUUGUCCAAGAUUUUUGUCAUCUUGCCAAUAACUAAAACCGUUUGUUUCAGGGGAAGUUGAAUUUGAAACCGACAAUUUUAGAUUUCACCGAACCAGACUUUAUUGUCGAAAGCACUGGAUCAUUUGUUUUUGUAAUUCUGAGCAAUCUGUCGUUAGGAUUUUUUUUUGUGCAC